AUGGGUGACAACAACCAAUCAUCUUCUUCUGCUUCUGCGAACGCUCAACACGAAGAGGUUUGUUGAUUUUCAUGAAAAUUUUGGGAAAAAAACCUCAAUAGUUCUACAAAAAUGUUCACAAUCUAAAAAUUUUCAGGAACAACUAUUUUAUAUCGAAGAUGGAACGCUUGAAGCCACCGAACAAUUCGUGCGCUUUUUUUUGAGAUAUGAUGUUAGUUAAUUUUUUUGAUUCAUAUUUUAAUGUACUAUUUUCACAGGGCGUCAAUCCACAAUUUUGGUAUUUCUGUUUGAUAAAUGGUAGAUUGGAUAGAGAAGCUUAUCGAGCCACAACAUAUCUCAAAUUCGUGAGUUUCAGAAAACAAAUCAUAUAUUCUAUGAGAAAAAUUAGUUAUUUUAGAGUUUCCCAAGUUGGCUGUGAGUGUGGCAAGUGCGUUCUUGGAUUUGAAAUAAAUGAAAAGUAAUUUUGUUGAUUCAAUUUUUCAAACAAAAAUUUGUCGUCAAAUAAAUAUUUAAAAUAUGAAUGGGAUUGUUAGUUGCGAAAAAUUUACAGGAUUAAAUUCAAAAAUUCGAAGAAUUUUUUUUCUGUCUAACAAAUAUUUAUUGUUGGUAGAAAAAUUUCCAGACAACAAAAGCUCAAAAACAUACAUUUUCGUAUCUUUUUUGUCGGUAAUGUAUUCAUACACAUGUCUUCUCAUCCCUUCCUAUUUAUCAACAUGACCCGCCGGCUAUAAUAUAGUCUAUCAUCUUUGAUCUUUGAACUAAAAAACAAAAAAAGGUAGGAGGAGGAAAAGGACGCCAAAGUGGUAUUUUAAUCGAUAAAUGCUGGGAGAUUAGUAUUUUUUGUUAAUGUUGAUUGAGUUUUAAUUGCUUAUCUUUUUUUUUUUUGAAAUCUGAAAUUUUCUGAAAUUUUUGCUGCUAUUUAUUCUUCAAAAUUUUGUCUAUCAUGAUGCAGAUUUAUAACUUCUCUGAUUUUCUUUUUUUCAUACAAUGUUUUCCUAUGUAUAUCGUGUUUUUUUCAGAGAUCCACUACGAAAAGAAUGUCGGGACACCGAACGCUCUUCUCACAGAGAGCGUUCUUGUCCCGUCAGAAUAAUGUCAAUGAAAAUGAUCAUCACAUUCAACAAACAUUAUGGAUGGGGAAAGAAAUGGAUUUCAAUUGUUUGGAUGGUAUUGAAUAUACCUCCUGGAAGGCGGAUAUGAGAAAGUUGAUGGAGUGGAUGCAGCUCGGCCGGACGGGACAUCGAACGCUCUCCUUACAGAGAGCGUUUUUGUCCCGUCACAUUAAUGUCACUGAGAAAGCGUGAGUGAAAAAUUGACUGUUAACUCAAAAUUGAAUAUUCUUCUUACAGUUAUGCCAAGAUGUUAUCACGGAAGUUGAAGAAGUAGAUGAUGUGGCAGCUUAGUCGGACGGGACACCGAACGCUCUCCUUGCAGAGAGCGUUCUUGUCUCGUCAAAUCAACGUCUUUGAAAAAAAUCGAAUCGUAUAUAUUCGGGACGCUAUAAAGUAGCAAGCAUGGAAUUUGACGCUUUGAAAAAAUCAAUCCCUGGAAAUUUGGGCACGUUUUGCCACGCCGACGGAACUCUCAAUUAAAGAGUGAGUAAAAAAUUUACUGUCAAUUCAAAACUGAACAUUCUUCUUACAGUAAAAUUAUUGCCGAGCUAUUAUUACGGAUGUUGAAGAAGUAGAUGAGGAGUAUGAAACUCAGCCGGACGGGACACCGAACGCUCUCCUUACAGAGAGCGUUUUUGUCCCGUCAAAUCAACGUCAUUGAAAUUUGCCAACACAAUUCAAUCAACAUUGUUUUCGAUUGUUUGGUUGGUAUGGAAAAUGUCCCCUAAUUCGACACGACUUUGCGGGAAAGGCGGAUAUGAGGAAAAAGAUAGGUUGGAUGCAGCUCGGCCGGACGGGACAUCGAACGCUCUCUUUACAGAGAGCGUUCUUGUCCCGUCAGAUUAAUGUCAUUGAGAAAGCGUGAGUGAAAAAUUUACUGUGAACUCAAAACUGAAUAUUCUUCUUACAGUUUUGCCAAGCUUUUAUCACCGAUGUUGA